AUGUCCAUCUCCCUCAUGCCUCCUCCCCCAAGGAUACCGUCUCCUCAGCUCGUCCCUGCCUCUCUCCCGUCCCCGCCACCAUUCCCCAGGCGCAUCUCUUCCCGCUCCCGCCUCCAUCUACCACUCCACCCCGACCAGCCUCCCAUCCCUCCCCGCCUAGUCGGCUCUCCGCUCCUCGACAAACUCGUGCAUUCCGAUCCCGCGACCCUCACCCCCAAGAUCCAAAAACAACUCUGGUUCGAUGGAGACGAGUUUGGCACGCGUAGGACGACGCCCACCCAGACCGAUGGUACAGACGGAUUUCCUUUUAUCCAACCCUCCCCGCCGAGUACCCCUCGGAGCGCUUCACACAGGCGGGUCCACCGUCGCACCUCCUCCACCUCGCUAGCGGCCCGCGCGCGCUCACGCUCUCCCCCUCCACCACAACAAGUGACCGCGUCGAUCCCUCCAGUCCCUCCCAUCCCCUCUUCCAUCUUUGACAACUCCAGCGUGAAGCGACCCGUCCUGCGCACGCCCCCUCCAACGCCUUACGGCGCACCCCCGGCGCAGAUCUCCAUUCCCGAUCCUGCCGUCAGCGCCAGCCCUCCCUCCCCUAACGGCCUGCCCUCACCAGCGUUCCGUCAGCAUUCACCCCGUUCUCGCGCUAGCGCGAGUCCAAGGCGCCGGGGGGCGCGCUCUCGCCCCCCGCUGGACGCUUUCGUCGUCAGCGCCAUCAUCAUGUCCCCCGCCCAAUGA